GCACUGCGCGAUGGCGGGGGCGGAGGGACUCAUGGACGAAGUAAGCUGGAAGGUCUUGGAGCGACGAGCCCGGGCCAAGCGCUCAGUGGUAACAUUGGUGUAGUUUAGCCCGCAACGCUUAUGAUAAGAGUCCAGUUGAAAUGGCCCACUCACCUGAUGCAGCCUUCUCUUCACCUGCUUUGUUAAGGUCUGGCUCAGUUUAUGAACCUCUUAAAAGCAUUAAUCUUCCAAGAACUGAUAAUGAAACCCUUUGGGAUAAAUUGGAUCAUUAUUACAGAAUUGUCAAAUCAACAAUGCUGAUGUAUCAAAGUCCGACGACAGGGCUCUUUCCUACUAAAACGUGUGGUGGAGAUCAGAAGUCCAAAGUCCAUGAGAGCCUGUACUGUGCUGCAGGCGCCUGGGCUCUGGCGCUAGCGUACAGGCGCAUUGAUGAUGACAAGGGAAGGACCCAUGAGCUGGAGCACUCUGCUAUAAAAUGUAUGAGAGGAAUUCUCUACUGCUAUAUGCGUCAGGCUGAUAAGGUCCAGCAGUUUAAGCAAGAUCCACGGCCUACAACGUGUCUUCACUCCAUUUUCAGUGUGCACACAGGAGACGAGUUGCUCACCUAUGAAGAGUAUGGCCAUCUUCAGAUAAACGCAGUGUCACUGUUUCUCCUCUACCUGGUGGAAAUGAUUUCUUCAGGGCUCCAGAUAAUCUAUAACACAGACGAGGUCUCUUUUAUUCAAAACCUUGUAUUUUGUGUUGAAAGAGUUUACCGUGUUCCAGACUUUGGUGUCUGGGAAAGAGGAAGCAAAUACAAUAAUGGCAGCACAGAACUACACUCGAGCUCUGUUGGUUUAGCAAAAGCAGCCUUAGAAGCAAUUAAUGGAUUUAACCUCUUUGGAAACCAGGGCUGUUCUUGGUCAGUUAUAUUUGUGGAUCUCGACGCUCACAAUCGCAACAGGCAGACAUUGUGCUCACUGUUGCCCCGAGAAUCACGCUCUCAUAACACAGACGCUGCCCUGCUCCCAUGCAUCAGUUACCCUGCGUUUGCCUUGGACGAUGAAGUUCUCUUCAGCCAGACACUUGAUAAAGUGGUCAGAAAAUUAAAAGGAAAAUAUGGAUUUAAACGUUUCUUGAGAGACGGGUACAGAACAUCACUAGAAGAUCCCAACAGGCGCUAUUACAAACCAGCUGAAAUUAAGCUCUUUGAUGGUAUUGAAUGUGAAUUUCCCAUAUUUUUUCUUUACAUGAUGAUUGAUGGUGUUUUUAGAGGUAAUCUUCAACAAGUCAAGGAAUAUCAGGACCUUUUGACUCCUUUGCUUCAUCAGACCACAGAAGGAUAUCCUGUAGUACCGAAGUACUAUUACGUGCCUGCUGACUUUGUAGAAUAUGAAAAGAGAAACCCUGGUAGUCAGAAACGGUUUCCUAGUAAUUGUGGCCGUGACGGGAAAUUGUUUCUUUGGGGACAAGCUCUUUAUAUCAUUGCGAAACUCCUCGUUGAUGAGUUAAUCAGUCCUAAAGACAUUGACCCUGUCCAGCGUUUUGUCCCACUCCAGAAUCAGCGCAAUGUGAGCAUGAGAUACUCCAAUCAGGGUCCACUGGAAAAUGACUUGGUGGUUCAUGUAGCCCUUGUAGCAGAAAGCCAACGCCUUCAAGUUUUCCUCAAUACAUAUGGUAUUCAAACUCAAACUCCUCAGCAGGUGGAACCUAUUCAGAUCUGGCCUCAGCAGGAGCUGGUGAAAGCUUAUUUCCAUCUGGGUAUCAAUGAAAAGUUAGGACUGUCCGGAAGGCCGGAUAGGCCCAUUGGCUGCCUUGGCACAUCAAAGAUUUAUCGCAUCCUUGGAAAGACGGUGGUCUGCUAUCCCAUCAUCUUCGACCUGAGCGAUUUCUACAUGUCCCAGGAUGUUCUCCUGCUGAUAGAUGACAUAAAGAAUGCACUACAGUUCAUUAAGCAAUAUUGGAAAAUGCACGGACGCCCACUUUUCCUUCUUCUCAUCCGGGAAGACAACAUAAGAGGUAGCAGGUUCAACCCCAUAUUAGACAUGCUGGCAGCCUUUAAAAAGGGAGUAAUUGGAGGAGUCAAAGUUCAUGUUGAUCGUCUACAGACAUUGAUUUCUGGAGCUGUGGUAGAACAGCUUGACUUUCUACGCAUUAGUGACACAGAAAAACUUCCAGAAUUUAAGAGCUUUGAAGAACUUGAAUUUCCCAAGCAUUCAAAAGUCAAACGACAGAGCAGUACCGUAGAUACUCCUGAGCUGAGACAGGAACCGGACAUCACCAUUACUGCAUGGAGAAACAAAUCCACCCAUGAAAUCCUCCAGAAGCUGAAUGACUGCAAUUGUCUGGCCGGUCAAACCAUCCUGUUGGGUAUCCUGCUGAAAAGAGAAGGCCCUAACUUCAUCACCAUGGAAGGUACUGUGUCUGAUCACAUUGAGAGAGUGUAUAGAAGAGCUGGCAGCAAAAAGCUUUGGUCGGUUGUACGCCGUGCAGCAAGUCUUUUAAGUAAAGUAGUGGACAGCCUGGCCCCAUCCAUUACUAAUGUUUUAGUGCAGGGCAAACAGGUAACUUUGGGUGCCUUUGGACAUGAAGAGGAGGUCAUCUCUAAUCCACUGUCUCCAAGAGUGAUUAAGAACAUUAUCUAUUAUAAGUGUAAUACCCAUGAUGAAAGGGAGGCAGUCAUUCAGCAAGAACUGGUCAUCCAUAUCGGCUGGAUCAUCUCCAACAGCCCCGAGUUGUUCAGCGGCAUGCUGAAGAUACGAAUUGGGUGGAUCAUCCAUGCCAUGGAGUAUGAACUACAGAUCCGUGGUGGAGUUGAGCCGGCUGUGGACUUGUAUCAGCUCUCGCCAAGUGAGGUUAAACAGCUGCUCCUAGACAUUCUCCAGCCUCAGCAGAGUGGAAGAUGCUGGCUGGAUAGACGUCAGAUUGAUGGGUCAUUGAAUAGAACUCCCCCGGGGUUCUAUGACCGAGUAUGGCAGAUCCUGGAACGCACACCCAAUGGUAUAGUUGUAGCCGGAAAGCAUUUGCCACAGCAACCAACCUUGUCGGAUAUGACUAUGUAUGAGAUGAAUUUUUCUCUCCUUGUUGAAGACAUAUUGGGAAACAUUGACCAGCCAAAGUACAGACAGAUCAUUGUAGAGUUACUAAUGGUCGUGUCCAUUGUGCUGGAAAGAAACCCUGAACUAGAAUUUCAAGACAAAGUGGAUCUAGACAGACUGGUCAAAGAAGCAUUUCACGAGUUUCAGAAGGACGAGAGUCGGCUCAAGGGAACGGAAAAACAAGAUGAUAUGACCUCCUUCUACAACACGCCCCCACUGGGAAAACGAGGAACCUGCAGCUAUCUGAUGAAGGUUGUGAUGAGCUUGCUGCUGGAAGGGGAAGUCAAGCCAAGCAAUGGGGACUCGUGUCUGGUUAGCUAGAGAGGGGUGCAGGAAGCAGAGGUGAUGGCUGUGCCUUUUGUGUUGAAGCUAACUAGCCCAGGCAGCCGGUAAUGGGUGAACUGAUGUGUUAGCGAGGUAGAUGCUGUAUUCUGUUUGCUGGUAUUAGACCUUUGCAUGCCAGCGGCAGUUGAAUGGUAGGCAGUGAUUGGAAUCAAGUGAAACCCCAGUUUUCACCAUUUGUGCCAGCUCCUAUAAUCUUCACUGAACCAUAGAAAUAGUUUGUGAAUUGAAAAUUCAGUACUGCUAUCAAAUAUUCCAUCAAAACUGUGCUUCUUUAGACUGAAUUCUCACCUUCCAGCCAUUAAAGCAAACUUCCAGCCAUUAAAGCAGACUUACGAGGUAGUGCGAGGAUGGUGAAGGCUGCACCACUGUUGCACUAAAGCAGAAGAUGUGCAGUGCACACCAAAAAACGCAAAGUAAACCCUGAUAUUUAACUUCAGAAGCUGCAUUAUUAAUAAUUCUGUUCAAAACUCUUAGUUUUUACCUUGUAAACAUGACUGUGGUUUGGUAUUAAGCUAAGUAUGAGAGUUGGACUAAGAUACAAUGUAUCAGUUUCUGGACACCUGUUAACAGCAGAAGUGUUCAGCAGUGAGUCAGCUGCCCUCCCAUGCACAUGCCACAGGCAGGCAUACCUACCUACACAUGAUUGCAAAUAAUAAAUAAACAUAAAAAUGGUUAAAUAGUUAAAUUUAGGACUGUUAACCUUGUAAAAGCAAAGUUGAAAGUCAAAAAGUUCUGUUUUUGAACUAACAAAUGUUAGUUCUGGAAACAUUCUUUGCUCAAGUUCAUAACACUGAACAGCCCUGAAUGUUUUCAUUUAAUUCAUUUGGAAAAUGGAAUUUGCUGCCAAAUUGACUUAUGCAAGUAGAUUAAGUGUUUAAAUCUUAUUAAAUAUUUCCUUCCUAGAUGUCACAAUGUGCCCCACUUGCUUGGGCUCCAGUCCCAGCAAGCAUCGUUUUUUUCUGACCAGUCCUCCUGAGUUUCAUCUAGGUAAUCAAAUUUGUCAUAUAGGAUGUGUAGCCCAGUGCAAGUCAACUGAUACGAAGUAAGUGUGUGUGUAGACUGAAGAAACGCAGUCCCACACAGCUCUGACCAGCUCGAGGUAUGGCUGCUCUUAGAACAUGUAUAGGACUCUGUGUGUGUGUCAGUCAGCAAGCCUGGGAAUAAUGGCACAAUCCAGCCUUGCCAAUUCGACAGUGUGUGGAGAGAAGUUAGUAAAAGAUGGUCCUGAGGAAGCCACUCACAAAACUUAAGUCAGAAAAAGAGUCAUGAAGCCCAUGGAGGAGAAUAAGUUCCGGUGGUUGAUAGGUAGAGAAGAGAAAUUAAAGAGUGACAGAGAGGAAAAGCCCUUGAAAUAUUUAAGACUUGUUAAAAUUCAGAAGAAAGUAAACACUUUUAUCCUUAAGAAUUAAUUUUUUUGAUUAGCUGAGCAAAGCUGCGAGAAACUGCUGUCUGGUCGAAACAGACGCCACUUGCAGAUCUGCUUUCUGAGUGAGCUCCAGCUUCCUGUCCCAUGUUCGAGGUUUUGGCGCUUUCUUCCGCUGCUUGAAAGUGCUCAAAACAGUGACUGUGCAUCAACUUCUGAAAUUAUGAAAUGCAAAAUUUAUUGUUCUGGGAGAUAUUUUGGGAUGAUCAAUAAAUCUUGAUGUUCAUCUA